AUGGCACCUCGCAAGAAAACAGAAGAGAAGGCCACAGCCAACGAGGCCGCAGAUCUGGUGUUGGAGUAUCUACGCAAGCAAAACCGCCCAUACUCGGCUAUCGAUGUUUCGGCGAAUCUACACAACAAGGUCACAAAAGCGUCUGCGGCAAAGAUUCUGAAAGAUCUCCACGAACAGAAAGCAAUUGAGGGGCGUGCCGCUGGCAAGCAAAUCGUCUAUCACGCUUUACAGAACGCAGCCGAAGCAUGCACCACUGAACAACUCGCCGCUCUCGACAAAACCAUUCUCGAUCUCCGCACGCAAACCACUACUCUUAUCGCAGCCGCAAAGAAUCUCCGUGGCUCCUUGUCCAGUCUCAACUCCACGCUCAGCACGGCAGAUCUUGUCGCCAAUGUCAACACUCUCGAGACGGAAAAAGAUCAGAUCGAGUCUAGACUUGAUGGACUGAAGAAGGGAAAAGCGAAGAAGGUCACGACAUCCGAGCGAGAAGCGAUUGAGAAGGAAUGGAAGAAGAGCAUUCGUGUGGCAAAGAAGAGGCAGAAGAUUGUGACGGAGAUGUGGAAAGAGAUCAAGGAGAAUUUUCCUGAUCCGCAAGAGAGAGAGGACCAGAGGGAGAUGUUCGACCUCGAUGGAUGA